AUGCCAGCCACAGCAGGCAUUUCGACCAAUUUAUUCUCGCUACUUGACUUUGCCACCGCCCAGGAGCUCUACCGUCAAGUCCAUAUAUUGUCUUUCGAGCUCGCAAAUGACUCGGGCUUCGCAGAGUUGGUCAAGGAGUUGACCGAACACUCCAGAUUUCGCGAAUGCCGCGACUUCUUCACGGACAAGAGGUCACAUAUCCAAGACGGCAAGCUGGGGAUCGAAAUGUGUUCACAAGACAUCGAUUUUCUCCUCAAGGUCUUCGCCGCCAUGUUGCCUGACAUGGCUGCGACCGUCAUCAAGCAGCUCUUCUGUUUACACCAGAACCUUUCCCUGGCGCUGGAGUACAUUACGCAGCACAUGGCAGACAUAAAGACGAAGAACAAUGGAGCUAAGAGUCUGGAGUGGCAGAACAAGAAAGAAUCCAUUUGGCAGCUACACAUCAAGGAAGCUGUGGCAUCUGCCUUCGAAAUCCUCGCCAAGAUUGCCAAUCGGAUGAAGGGGGCUGCUGACCGCAUCUCGACCAAUAUCCGCAAUAGCACUCCUUGCUUCAUGCAAGCGCUCGACCGUGCCACUCGAACACGGCCAAGUCUGCUGGGCGACGUAGACGCCAUACAGUCACAGUCCGAAAGCCCGAGUGACUCAAUCUCCAGUGCGGCCCUGUUUGACGUCUUUCACGAGCCCAUGCAGUACUCUGCUGUGUUGGGGUAUCUUCAUCACAUCUUGGAGUACCUGCGUUACAAGACCGGCAAUGGAGUGAUUCGCAUCCUCGGAGUUCGGGAACUGGCCGAAGUCUGCAGAUUCGAGUUUCAGCGCACCAAGUCGGCCCUCAGACGCCACGCAGCGGUGGAUCUGGGCCCGAUGCUCACGGAGCCGUCCGACGCAGCCGACCACUCGGGCCUCAUCGUUCAGCGUGCCCGCGUGGCCGAGUUGGAGCUGGACGCCAUGGACGACCCGCUGCUCGCCAUCGUGGCCCAAUUUUGCCGGCGCACCACCGAGCCGCAGCGAGCAGGCAAGGUGUUCCCAAUACGGCAUGCGUCGUGGCAGGUGCAUCCGCAGACGAGCCGUGGCGACCAUGGCCGCGAAUAA